UUCCAGCGGGAGGGUGGGGCGAGGAGGAGGUCAUUGGGGAAGGAGGAGGGAACCGACGCCCGUGCGUGUAGACAGACGGGCAGCCUGGGUGCGCGAUGGUGCCUUCGCGGUGCGUGAAGAGCGAGUACAUGAAGCGCUUCAAGGAGCCCAAGUGGGAGGCGUGCGGGCCCUGCUACCAGGAGCUGCUGCGUUACCGGCUCAGCCGCCGCCUCUUGGAGCAGGCGCACCGGCCCUGGUUCUGGGACGGGUGGGAGCCGGACAGCGGCGGCGGCGGGGGAGGAAGCAGCAGCAGCAGAGGCAGCAGCGGCAGCAGCGGCAGCGCGCCCUCGCCCACCGCCAGCCCCGCGGCCGUUGCAGCCCAGCCGUUGCAGCAGGAAGAGGAAGAGGAGGGCAACGCGGGCCCCGAAGAAGAAGAGCAAGAGAAAACUGAAGCAGACAGGACAUCUGCAGCAAAAAUAACGGACAAGUCCACGGGACAACAGCAAGGGCCACCUGCGAGUCGCAGUGCUGUGGGUGCUCGAGGUGACAGAAGGCGGGCAAAAAGUCCUCAGAGAACAGAAACAACAAAGGAGUUGAGGCACCCAUUUGCUUUGUAUGGCUGGGGAGAGAAACAGACAGACACAGGGAAUCAGAAAACACACAAUGUCUGCGCAUCUGCUUCACAGAAUGAAAUCCAUGAGUCUGCAUUAAGAGCAAAGAACAGAAGGCAAGUGGAAAAAAGGAAGAUGCCUCAGAGACAGAUUCGCUCAGCAGAUGUCGAGAAAACCUGGAGAAUGAAAUCUUCUGGAGCGGAUAACCCCUGGAUGACUGAAUACAUGAGGUGCUAUUCAGCACGAACUCGGUGAUUCAAACUUGGCUGGACCCAUCUUUUUUAAAAUUCAAGAAACAAGAGUUGGAAGACAACUAGGACACUGCAGCAAAAUGCCAGAUUACAUACAGGGUUUCUGCAAAUGUUUUUUAAUAGGUAGUUUGAGACCCUAGUUUGUGUUUUGGCUACUUACCUCAACGGCGGAGGGGAGAAUUGGCUCCAGCCUGAGAGUUGCUGCCUGGCACUAGAGAUCCUCUACUACUUUUUUUCCCCCAAAAAGAAGAGUGAUGUUUUCUGAAAACCUUCAAGUGGCAAGCCAUAGAAGGUUGUACAAGGAACCCCCUUUUUAAAAUCAAAGAAUUCAGAAAGGAAUUUUGAUAGGUUUUUAUCCCACUCUCUAUGUUAAACAUGUCAGCUCCAAUCUGUGGAAAAUUGUAAGACAAGCCGAGUUAGACUUCAUUGCAAUUUUCUCAGGAUUGGCAGCCAGGAGCCUUUUCAAAUCAGGAUGCUGUGAUUAUUUAAGGAGGUAUGUAGUGUCCACUGACUUCUAAAAUAAUUUUAAUUAAACUUGCAGUGAUUUGCAUCAAGCCUAUAUAACUAGUAAGCCUAAUGCCCUCUUUUUUUUUAUAUAUAUAAAUGGGGAAUAUAUGGCCCUCUUGAUGUUGUUGGACUGGAACCUAGAUUAGCUCUAUCAGGAAUAGUCAAUAGUAAGUAAUGAGUGCAACAUCCAGAGGGCCACAUAUUCCCUUUCCAUGGAUUUCACUGGUGAACUUUAAUGAGCCUAUUAUUUCCUUUCAUGCAUUUGCUUGGCGGAUCACAAGCUGUGGAGACAUAUGCCAGCUUUUGCACAACUAUCUGGAGCUAUUAGGAUUAAUAGAAUCAUGGAAUCAGUCAUUUUAGAACUACGAAAAAAUCUCCCGAACCUAAACUUACAGUGACAUGUUUAGUUUACAUUCCAAUUCUGGAUUUUGUGGCCAUCUGGAAUCAGAUUUUGGUGCAAUAGAUUAAUGAUGUGCUCUGAUUGUUUUUAAAACUGUAUUUAUUUGCUGUUGUGUACCAAAUGACAUAGACAAUCAUGAACUAAUAGUGGAGAUCUGUUCAGUAAUGUGGUAAGUAUCAUGGACUUGAUUACCAAACUGGUAUGUCAUUCUUUUUCUUUCUUUUGGGCGGAGGUGGUGAUGUAACAUUUCAUCUAGGUGGACUGAAAUGUUUUGUAAACAGUUUUGUUAGGUAAGCUUCUGCAAUAGUGAAAUUUUAGUUGUACUGUUAGUACUCUGAAUUGGGACUCUUCUAACUGUCUGAUUAAACUAGUGUGCAUUCCACAAGAUAUAUUCAGUACUCAGGUUGACUGCAGAUUUUCCUGUACUUUUAAAAUGUGUAACAUACCCCUUUUUUCUGAAUAAGUGUGUGUAAAUGUAAGGAUGAAGCCAUUGGUAAUCAUGAUAACAGUGACAGCUUGGAGCUUAUGCCACAUAUUACGAGACUCCAUGUCAUGUUUAAUUUCAUGCUCUAAAUAGGUAAGUCUUCAAGGGGCUUAAAACAACUUUUUUUUGGCUAUAGUUGUUUCCUGAAAUCUCAUGAUCUGGUGGCUUCAGUAAUAAGAAACGUAAUGGGGCAGUUUAGUUUUAUUAUUCAUGCUUCAAAUGUAUUUCAUUUAAAAAUAAAACAAUGUUAUGUAGGAUUAAGUUCUGAUUUGCCAGAAACUUGGUUUCUUUGCUAGUUUUUGGCAUGUGACUUCGGUACUUAUUUCAGCUUUCUGCUCUCCUUCAAACCUUGGAGGCAUUUCCUUGGGUUUUUUGUUGGAAUUGUAGUUCCUUGUUUUGUUUGAUUAUUCCAGUAUUUCUUACCUUCAAUUUACAAAAUGAUUAACAUUUACAUCGCUUUAUCAUGAGGGUACAUCAAUCCAUCUGAUGUUCAGGCAUGAGUUCUGUUGCUUGUGUAGCAAAGGGCGGUGUUUUCAAAAGAUGACAAAAGAUCUGUCUUGAGUCAGGUUUUCUCCCAUACAGAGGAAAUACUUCUGACCUAAUGUAAUUUAAAAUAAGGAUACUAUCAUGAAAUAGAGAUUGUUUUGUAGUCAUCCUCAAACCUUACCACAUCUUCAGGAAAUUUGUAUUAUGUUUGUGCCUCUUCUGUUUUCACUAAAUUUAGAUCAGUACAUCCUUCAGCUAUAAAAUGCAUGAAACACUCAUAGGUAUCAAGGACAUUGUCAAUUCCAGUGCAGUUAAAAAGAGCUCACUUUCUUUUCCAACCUGACCUAUAUUUUGUAAUAUAAAUAUAUGAUGUGAAACUGUAAGAUAAUAUUAUGCAAUACCAAAACAUGCUUCUCUGUGUUUGUAUUGCCACAUGUUCUUCACAGCACAAGUCAAUAACCUUUAGCAGCUAUCAUAUGUGAAAGCUCUCAUUUCUCUUUCCUAAAUACUGCAGUUAUAGGGCAAUAGUGCCUGCUGAUUGUGGUUUAUACAGAGAUUUUUGUUUCUUGACUUUGUGUGUGUUUUUUAAAAACUUUAGAGAUGUUUCUAACUUAUCACCCUAUUGGCAGCUAUAUCUUCUGUGGGUAAUUACACAGCUGUAGUGCAUCAGAAGAUUUUAAAAGAGCAUCUCUUAAAUGUACUGUAGUAUUUUAAAUUUGACUAGCAGGGUGGUAAAGCAACAUCACCAGGCCAUUUGUUCCUUGCCUCCUAUGGGUGGCACAUACAUUACAGAAUUAACCUGGUUGACAAAAAUGUUUCUGAUUCAAACAAUUGAAUUCAUUUACAUCCUGGUGGUUUCUGCCCCUUUUAGCUAUCAUGCCUCUGCAGGGGCACUUGUCUUAUUUCUUGAGAAAUGACUGAUCUUAAGCAAUAGGAAAAUUGACUUGAAUCUACUGAGAUGUACUCAAAUCUAUAUACCAGACUGGCAAAAAGGGUGUGCCUAUAGCCUUUAUUAGCUACUUAGUUACAUCUGCAAUGUAUCCUGACACAACUCUGCCUGUCCACCUUAAGACCUAGAAGAUGGAUCAGGCAAAGGAGGUCCAUCCAACUUCCAGUUAGGAGAAGGAGGUUUUCCAUUUCUCUCUCAUCAGGGAAUGUAGCCCUGAAAAGAAUUUGCAACAAGAUUCUCUUCCUCCUUGCAUUUGGAUUGGAAGCUGAAUGGACCUUCUUUUCCCACUCCCUCCUGCUAGCUCUCAAGGUGGGUUGAGGUUAUGUAGGUUUAGAGUAAUACUGUACCAUCUUAUUGAAAACAGACCAGUUACAAAUCUAUAAAUCUAGAUUACAAACUAUAGUAUUGCACACCAGCCAUCAUCUCAGUGCUUCCACAUGUAAAUGAAAUAAGCAUUUUUGAUCUGGCAUAUGCUACGCUAAGGUACAUCAUGUAAAUGCUUACUCAGAAAUAUGUUAAUAGAGUACAUGUUUAUGUCUACAUCUCAAAAAUACAUCAGGUUGUGGUUUAGGAUUAGCUUAGAGAAGCGCCAUUUGAACAAAUUAAAUUGAAAAUUUUCUAACAAAAAAAAUAUUGACUACAUUUGAUAAGCUAAACAAAGAACUUAAACUGGAUUUAAGUUGGAAUCCAUUUUUAUAGGAAUUCACGUGAGAAGCAGUAAACUAAGGGGGAUAUAGAAUAUGAGAUUUUAAAAGAGAAAAAGCAAGAAAAUUGGUUUGCUGGGGGUGGAUAAGACAUUUUGGUUUUCAAAAAUUAACAUACCCCUUUCCUUUUUUUCUCAAGCUCAGAAGACUGACAUGGGGUAUGUGUGAAAAACAGGUGGCAUGUUUCAGCUUCAGGUUGGUAAGACCUUUAGUCUUGCAUUUAAUGUAAUUCUAUAAGGCAAUAUAAUAAACUUAUUAGUUACCAUUUCCCUUUUCAAUCAAUGUAAAUGUAAUUUGGGUUAGAUUGUCACCAUAUUAGCUAUUAACUAUCAGCAUACCAACCUUUUUUAACUUAUUUGUCCAUGAAUUAGUUGGACUGAUAUAUUGGUGUGCUAUUUUGAAAAAGCAAACAAAUAAAGCUAAACCCAAAGAAUAGUGGGGUAGUGACCAGACCAAACUGGAUAAAAUCUUUCACGUGUGCCUAUUUUAGGCUCAAGUCCUUACUAGCAAGUGGAGAUACGUGGCAUUGUAAAGCCAUAUAUUCAGUUAGUCUCUGCUCCUUUAUGUAAUCCCUAUAAAGAAAAGGGUUAGGGAAGGUCAGAGAUAAAGGGAAGCUGCCUCACUUCACUGUCAGGAGCACUGAAAUCACUUUAGAGAAAAGCUUGGAAAAAUGAAGCUUGAAGCAAUAUGUGACUUAGAAUGUGUUUUUAAAUAGCAUUUGUUUUUUUAUAUGUUUUGUGUUCUUUCGAUUUAAUUGUACUGGCCAUGACUUUAUAUAUGUGAAUAAAAUUGAUUUGAAAACAAA